UUUCUAUGGUUGCGCUGGCCAAAAACAAUAUGUAGCUGAAAUCGUAAAAUCUUAAAGAGGACUUUUAUUUUAGUGAACCGGAAAGAAUGUUGCUUGACAACCCAUGUCACGUGAUCGGAAACAUUUCGUUUAUGAGUUGAUGGCGGGUGUACGAAUUCAACACAGUAAAGAUAUAGCAUAGCAUAUAUGGAAAUGCAUGUUUUCUCAUCACAAUGUUAUCUCGGAAAGUGUUUUAGUCGUUCAUCUCUUUUAAAUGGGAGUGUACAUAACGCUAGUCUGUUUACUUACGUUAUACUUUGACUCAAUUAAAGAGUAAUGUCUGUAGUGACGGUGCAGGUGGGACAGUGUGGAAAUCAGGUUGGCCAGGAGUUCUUCAGUGUCCUUUGCAACGAUUCCAGUAAUGCCAAAGACAAACUGUACAAGGAUUGCAGUCAUGAGCGGUUCUUCAGAGAGGGACCUUCACAAGACCUCACUGCCCGUGCAAUACUUAUUGAUAUGGAGCCUAAAGUAAUUAAUCAGACUAUUGCUAAAGCAGCUAAAUCUGGGAAGUGGAGAUAUGGAGACAAGGCACACUUCUGUCAGAAACAGGGGUCUGGAAAUAAUUGGGCAAAUGGGUUUUCUGUGCACGGGCCAAAAUACGAAGAAGUUGUCAGAGAUCUUGUGCGCAAAGAGGUGGAGCAGUGUGACCGUCUGACGGGCAUUGUCACCAUGAUGAGCUUGGCUGGAGGCACAGGGUCUGGCAUGGGAACCUACAUCACCCAGUGUCUACGUGACGCAUACCCCCAUACCUCCAUUCUCAACCAUGUGACUUGGCCUUAUAACACUGGGGAGGUGAUAGUCCAAAACUACAACUCGGUCCUCACGCUGUCUCAUCUGUACCAGUUCUCUGAUGCUAUCUUGGUCCAUGAAAAUGACGCGGUGCACAAAAUCUGUGCUCAGCUCAUGAAUAUCAAACACAUCUCCUUCAACGACAUUAACAAAGUCAUCACCCACCAUCUGGGCAGUGUGCUACAACCCGUAUACACUGCCAGUUCCUCGCAUUACAGUAGGAAUCCCAUUGGUGAAUUCAUGAGUUCACUGGUGAAUCAUCCAGAAUACAAACUCCUGAGCAUCCGAAACAUCCCCCAGAUGUCUAGUACAUCUCUGGCUUACAGUGUCUUUAACUGGCCUGGCCUGCUCAGACAUCUACGGCAGAUGCUUAUCGCUAAUGCCGGGAUGGAGGAAGGUAUCGACUGGGCAGUGAGAGCACAAUCUGCGAGCAAGUCUGACAGAGGAAGGCCUACUAGAGAGCUGGGCUUCAACAGAUCUUUGGCAAACCUCUUAAUAUUAAGAGGAAAAGAUGUGUCAAGCGCUGAAACGGGUGGUUUUAAAGACCCUGCACUCUAUGUACCCUGGCUGCCAGUGGAGAGUGCAAUCAGCUCUUGGAGUUCUUCUGUUCCCUUCAAUGGUUAUGAGAAGUCAGCAACCCUUGUCAGCAAUAGCCAAUCUUUACUGAGGUCUUUGAAUAGCACGGUGGGGAAAGCAUGGAACAUGUUUGCUUCCAGAGUAUACUUGGGACCAAAGCACAUGUCCUUGUCGGUAUUGCGCAAAACCACAUCCGCAGAAGUGUACCUCGGUCUUAAUGAGCGAGGAUAAUGGAUCUCCUAGAGGCCAACUUGCCAUAGAAAAUGUGUAAUUUUUGUUGAAAUGGUUGUUGAGCUAUUGCCAAAAAGUGCUUUGAGCUUACCCCACUUCAGGGGGUGCUAGCAUGAAGGGACACAAACCUCCUUAUAUGUACAUCAUGUGGGGCUACUCAUGCCAAGUUUACAUAAGCCCUGCGGAGCAGCAGCAGUAAUGAAUUGUAAAGAGUUAAUUGGAGUUUGGUUCACUGAUGCAGAAACGCCCAACAAUUAAAGCAACCAAGUUACUAUAGUUUGUCUUUCUUGUGGUUAUUGGGAGGAAGAGUUGCAAAUCAAAGUGCUGCAAGAACAGCCAGUGGUUUAGUAUCUUAUUUUAACUGUUCUAAAGAUCUUUAUGCUGACACUUUAAAACAUUUCAGUGUUCACCUAAUAAAUCUAGGUAUAAGCCUUGGGAAUGAGAUGUAACUUCCAAUGUGACAAAAUUAUAGGGGGCCAUUGCCUCAUGUAUUUGCUUGCAUAAAGAUUUGGGGGCAUUUACAACUAAACCUACAUUGCUUUGACAUGCCUUCCCUCUAACUCAGGGGUUUUCAACUGGUUUUGUCCCAGGGACCACCAUUCUGACCAGAAAGUAAUCCGCGGCCCA